AUGUGGUGGGAAGUGAAGGCGGUGGCUGCUGUCUCGACGACAUGUUCGUUGGGAGCUAUUGUAAGCUGUCUGGUGGUGCUGCAUGGUCUGUUUCAAGAGAUGGAUGAGAUGGAGGUUCAGGUCAACGAGUCGAUUCGCGUGUUCCAAUUCGAAACGGACCCCGCGUGGCACGACAUGAUGAAUGUGCAGUCGACGGUGGCGCCACCGUCGCGAGCACCCGUCAACCCGUUUGAGAGUCAUUUGAAAAAGAAGAGGCACACGUACGGUGGACUUCCCGCGUGGUGUCAGUGUGAGCCGACGAAACCGGUUUGCCCGCCCGGACCACCAGGCUCCCCCGGUAACCCUGGUACCCCUGGAACGCCCGGAUCCCGUGGUCCACCUGGAGCGGAUAACCAACAAGUCUACGAACUCAUUCGAUGUCCACUUCCCGAAAGAGACUGCAUUCGGUGUCCUGCAGGACUUCCAGGAUAUCCCGGUAGAGAUGGUCCAACUGGAGAACCUGGUCCAGCUGGAAAACCUGGAAAUCCAGGGUAUCGAGGAGCCGAUGGCAAGCCAGGACGGCCUGGAGAGCAAGGCAAUUCGGGAUUACCGGGUAGACCGGGAUCGGAUGGAAAACCUGGUUUACCUGGAAGAGAUGGAAAGAAGGGAAGAGGACUUCCAGGAAGAGAGGGAAGAAUCGGGUUCCCUGGAAAAGAGGGACCGCCUGGACUCGACGGAAAACUCGGAAGACCUGGUCUACCAGGACCGGCGGGUCCUGAAGGGAAACCUGGGUACCCUGGGGUGCCUGGACAAGAUGGAUCACCUGGAGAGGUUGGGGCGCCUGGAGGACCGGGACCUGAUGCCGGGUACUGUCAGUGUCCGAAUCGUGGCAAUGUGUAUAGAAAUCCGUACCCGUAUCGAUCGAAAGCAAGACUUCAUAAGCAGUGA